AUGACAAUGUACUUAUCAUUAAUGCUACUUUUGUUUUUCGUUUCGCCGAUCAGCUGUUCAUACAAUAUAACUUCAUUACCUAAUAACAACAGUUUAUUCUUCGAUCACAUUUCAAACGUCAAUUUGAUACGAGACGACUGGCGCCUCAUCGUCUACUAUGACACACAACCUUAUCAAGAUGGAAAUGAAGCGCUAGCAAAAUACAUGAAGUACCUAGAAGAUUUAUGUUCAAGGAUCCCUAUUCAAGCAUACUGUUAUGGGAUCGUAUUACAGUUUCGUCAUGAGGUGACUGAACUGCAACAUUAUAAUAACAUAUUAAUGAGUCACAACCACAACAUCAAUGAACCCACAGGACAUCGACGACGACGUGGUCUAAUUGACGGUGUUGGCUCUAUUGCAAAUACCCUUUUUGGAGUCUUAGAUCAAAAUUUUGCAGAAAAAUACGAACAAGACAUUGACCUUAUCAGAAAAAAUCAAAAACAUUUGGCAGCACUUUGGAAAAAUCAGACUUCAGUAGUCGAAGCGGAGUUCAAUCUACUGAAACAAACAGAAAACAUCAUUGACCAAAAUCACAAAUUAAUUAACAAGAAAUUCAACGCUAUAGAACAAUCAGUAAAUCAGAUCAAGAACGAAAUCCAAAAUGUUUCUAUCAUCAAUGAAUUUAUAACAACUUCUAUAAUGGCCAAUAACAUCUUAUUCCGUUUAAAGGACAUUCAGCAGACCUUACUAGAUACUAUCACCAAUAUCUACAAUGGAAAAUUCAAUUUUCAUCUGCUUCCACCAGACCAGUUGAGACAGGAACUCAGCGUCAUCGCCGGACAGCUUCCGAAGGACCUGUCUAUACCUAUCAACAACUUUGGAGACCUAUCAGAGAUUUACAACCUCUUAAAAGUCAGAGCAAGGAUCACAAACAAUUACAUCAUAUUUGAAAUAAAAAUCCCUCUAGUCAGUGGCGAUUUAUACGAAGUUUUAAAAAUUAUACCUAUUCCUCACUUAACAACAAGUAAUCAAGUAGCGGUCGUAGUACCGAUAGCAAAUUACGUCGCUAUCAACUUGAAUAAAGAUGCGUUUUUUACCGUGACUGAUCAAGAGUUAAAGUCCUGCUUGCAAAGGAACUCCCAAACGAUGCUAUGUCACAUCAAGAGACCAAUAUUUCACAUUACCAAUGAUCAAAACUUUUGUGAACGUUUGCCUACAACAAAACACUGCAAAACAAUCACAAGUCCAUGCACCAACAGAUGGGAACAGCUGAAUAAAAUCAAUUCAUAUUUAUAUUUUUGCUGCGAACAGUGCUUAUUAAAGCUCCUAUGCGACGAUCAAGUUUCAGCGAUACAAAUGACUCACUCGGGAUUCUUUACUGUCGACCGAGGUUGUACUAUUAAAUCAACUGACUUCUUUGUCUACUCACAUAGGCAAGAUGUCAGCAAAAUUAGUAUACACUCUAAAAUUGAUUCACCAGAUAUUUCACCAAUAAAUCAUCUGAUCAAUGUCUCAAUACCACACAUUAUUAUAUCUACCAAUCAAUCAGAUCAGAUAGAUCACAAUAUGAAACUUCAGAAGAUCGAAGAAAGCAUAAAAACCAUGAAAGAAAGUCCAGCUUUGUAUGACGGAGUAUCCUUUCAUUCAUGACGUUCAU